GCAGAUUCUUGAAUUUGGAGUUGAUGGGCUAGUCCACUUAGUUUUAAUUUUGGGCUUUGGGUGUGUGAUUUUGUAGUGACAAACAGGAAUUUCCCAUUUCAAUUGUGACCAAACAAUGCCUGUAAAACCUCAAACCUGGGUGUACCCGUUUUAGUUUAUAUUUAAAACGUUGAGCACCUCUGGCUCUGACUAGUGCAGUGUUACAACCCAAAUUGCUACCUUUUGCUCUACUUGUAUAUUUUAGUGUUUCGCCUGGCCCCCAAUCCCCAUGAUCCCUUUCCUUUGUUUACAAGCUAAUUUGUAACCAAGAUACUCGGAAUUAUAUUUUCUCGUUUCAAAAAUCCUUGUUCUUCUUUCCUUGCUUUUCUCUCACCAAUUAAAAGGAAACUGCAAUAGUACACAUACACCAGUAUAGGAGUCCGCAGUCCACAGUCCCCCAAAAAAACUACUUUUAAACGAGUAGGAUUCGUAGUUAGUACUACUCCUAUAACUGAAGCACUUGUGAUAGAGUGCCUAUAUAAUCAAACAACCAGUAACCUUGUCUCCCAUUAUUCUCAUCAGAUGGGUAUGGGUUAGUGACUUAGUGUUAACAAAACAAAUAUGGGUUCUUUUUCCUUCUGUUUUUACACAAUUUUGUUGUCAAGUACUUCUACUUGUACAUGUAAGAUGUGAAAGGUAACAUCUUUGAUGGAUAUGGUAGAGUUGAAUGGCAGAGAGUUUCAUCUUUCAGAAGUGUUGCAAUUUCAGAAGCAACAAGACCACUAUAACGUUAUUCAACAAUACCCAGGUAUUCAGCAUCCACAAAAACAAUUUCAUCAUUAUUAGUGUUACCAACAAAAUUAGGAAUUGCCCAACAUCCAAAACUGGAACAACGAAAAGAGGACAAGGGUUUGAGUCUGGAUCCUCAGAGGAGUCACCAUCACAACCUCAACCUCCUCCAAAACCACCAACUUUUUCACCACCAAAAUCCCAGAGAUGUAGAUGAACCACAGAAUGAAAGACAACCAUUUCCACCACCACAAUUGCAAGAACAGCCACCAUCAUCCUUCAACCAUAACCACUUUUUUCUUCAACAAUCUCAAGCUGGGCAACAACUUAGAGACCUUUAUUCUCAAUUAGAACCCCAAAAUUUGGUACCCAUUUCAGAAUCUCAGCGACCCAUUAAGAAAAGAGCUUUUUUGCCUUCAUCCUCUUCAAUUCCAGCAAGCAGACAACAUGCUCGGCAAAAGGUCUCAAUGGGAAUUGGAGAUUCUUCUUCACAGCAGCACAAGAAGCAACAAUCAGGUUCUAAUAGAGGAUCUUUGAGAAAAUCUGGGAUAGGAGAGAUAGUAGAAGUUCAAGGCGGUCACAUUGUCCGAGCUACGGGAUUAAAGGACCGUCAUAGCAAGGUCUGUACUGCUAAAGGGCCGAGAGACCGGAGGGUUCGUCUCUCGGCUCAUACAGCUAUACAAUUCUAUGAUGUUCAGGAUCGUCUUGGGUAUGACCGUCCUAGUAAGGCUGUAGACUGGUUGAUUAAAAAGGCUAAGGCUGCAAUAGAUGAACUUGAACAGUUGCCUGCUUGGAGUCCAACUAGUAUGAAUUUUACGACCUCAAACAGUCGAAGACGGAAGAAUGAUGUUGGAGAAUUACUGGAGGGUAAGGGUGAUGGAAGUGCUGAGGGGAUGUAUGGUGAUGAGGAGCAACAACAGCCGUAUAAUAAUGCUAAUAACUCAGGUUCUAGUUUGUUACCACCUUCAUUGGAUUCUGAUGCCAUUGCUGAUACAAUAAAAUCUUUCUUUCCUAUGGGUGGGGGUAAUGCAGGGCCCACCACUACGAGCUCGGCAUCUGAUUUCCAAGAUUACCCUCAAGGUGGGUUGUUGCAGAGAGGUGGUGGUGGUGAUGGUAGGCAGAGCCAAGAUUUGAAGCUGUCUUUGCAGUCUUUUCAGGACCCAAUUCACAUGCAAUCACAUUCACACCACCAUGGUACUAAUGCUGUUCAUGAUGAGCAGCAACAUUCACUGUUUCCUGGAGCUGUCCCGAUUGGGUUUGAGAAUCCGAACACUGGUUGGGGUGAUAGCCAGCAUCAACCCAAUCCGGAUUUGGGACGGCUCCACAGACUGGUUGUCGGCUGGAACACCCAACACACUGGCACCGAAACCCACAGUGUUGGUGGAAGUGGUGGUAGUAGUGGUGGAGGCGGUUAUGUUUUCAAUCAGCCUUCGCCACUAUUGCAACCACUGUUUGGUGGUGGCCAACACAACCAGUUUUUUACACAGAGGGGACCCCUUCAGUCCAGUAACACACCCUCUAUCCGAGCGUGGAUUAGUGACCCUUGCUUUACAAUUGCUAGCUCAAAUGAACAUAAUCAUAAUCAAGCUAUUGCAGUCCACCCACAAGGCUUACUAGGCCUUGGUUUCGCUUCUGGUGGAUUCUCCGGGUUCCACUUUCCCACUCGGCUUCGGGGCGAGGAGGUAAAUGAUGGCCAUCUUAAUAGGCCGUCUUCCGCUCCCUCCUGUUCUCGCCAUUGAUAGGAGUGAUGCAAAAGACUCUCCCUCUACUGGUUUCAGUAUCUAAAGGAAUUACUUCACUUGAUAGUUUCAUAAUCCAACAGAGGGAUUUUGAUGAGGACAAGAAUUUCAAAGAACCAAUGGAGAGUCUACAGCUCCUUAAAAUCAAUGGCUUAAAAAUGCAGGAAGAUCUAAUCUGAGAGGAAAAUAUCUUCAGGUUCUCUUCUCUGCAAAGCGUUAAUUUAUUAUCAGUCAGUUAGUAUUUUCUGUAGUAGGUUUUGUUUCUGCAAAUGUUUGAGUUCCAUUUAUGUUUUGAUGAGCUUCUUGAGCUCAACUCUGUUGGUGUAUUAGCUACUACUGUGCUUUGCUACAUUAUGAUGUAAUCUUUUUGUGUACUACUUUACUCUUAUCCAUCUUUUAAUUCAUGAUAUGCUUUUCUAUCAAAGUUCUAUCUACAAUAUUAGUAUAGCUACUUAGUUCGUUGCUGUUUUCGAAUAUUUGUGUUAUGAGCAACUAUAAUUCCAUUUUCCCAGUGUUAUCUAGUGGCUACCUCUUAGGCUUCCGGCUAGUUGGGGUUUUGGGCAGGUUAAUGUAUGUAAACUUAUUCUUGUGAUAAACUGAUAAUGACCCUUAU